AAAAACAGCACCUUGAGGUCGUUCUUGAUGUGGGGCUGCCGGGCUCUCCCUCGCCGUCUUGGCGUGACAUCCGCUUGCGCGUCCUCAGCGACCACCGCUCCGACCUCAGCCCCCGGGGCGUUGUCGAGGGCACUGCCGCAGAUGCCUUACGCUGUGCGGUUCCCCUUUGACAAGAUCGUGGCCAACACCAUGCGGCCAGGCGACAUCUUCAAACUGGACGGUGGGGUGGGUGACAGACAGAGAGGACGGUCUGCCCAGAUGAGCAUUCCAUUCAUCACGCGUGUUGUCUUGUGCGUGCCUCUGUGUGUGUGUGUGUGCAGACAAGUAUUACGAGAUCCGCAGCUAUGAGCACCGGAACAAGGGCAGAGGGACGGCGUCGGCAAAGGCGCGCAGACACUCACACCGACGGACAAACAGAUGACCCACCAAGAUGCUCUCUCUCUCUCUCUCUGUGUGUGUGUGUGUGUGUGUGUGUGCAGUUCCAGGUGAUCGAGCUGAUGACACAGAAGCAGAUCCCAGACAUGAGCUUUGUCGUCGACAAGAAACUCGACAGUGAGCAGCGAGCGGUGCACACACGAGCCAGCCACCUUUAGUGCCAUCUGCCAUCUGCCACGUGUGUCUGUGUGGUGUGUGUGUGUGUGGGGGGGGUGUCCUCCCUCCCUCCCCCCUGUGUGUGCUGCCUGCCCUGCUUGCGUCAGGGCCCGUUAUAGAGAAGUUGAAUUGCACGGUCAUGUACGUGGACGCCGACGGCAAACACCUGGUCGUGGCUGACGAAAACUAUGAUGAGGUCCACAUACCAAUUCAGCUGUGCGCCGGGGCAGAGAAGUACUGCGAAGGUCAGUGAGUGAGUGGCAGACAACUGGCUCUAUCUCCUGGUGUGGUUCUCCACUUGUGUGUGUGUGUGUGUUGGUUGUAUGCAGCGGGUACGCCAGUAGGUGUGCUCAAGUGUGAGGAUGAUUUUGUGAAGCUGCAGUUCCCUUCACAAGUGCUCUCGGCCGUCAGGAAAGGCGGCAAGUGAGUCACCCGCCCACUCACCACUCACUCAGGCAGGAUCUGUCUCUGCUGAUUCGUUCGAUCAGCCGACGUGAGUGAGACUGUGAGAGUGCCAAUGGCAUAUAUAUAUGAUGCAUGUCCUCGUGUCCACUCCACAUGAAUGACCUAUCCUAUACCGCCCACACUAGCUAGCAAAUCCAUCCAUCCA